UUUGUCGGCAACGAACGUCCGUUCAGUAGCCGAUGGAACGCGAAGGAAGUUGCGUAUACGCCGCAUUGUCACUCGGCCAGCCAGAGUGCUCGGAAGUCCUUCAUUUGCGCGCGCGUCCUGCGUCCUGUUCGUUGUCAUUUAAAAAGCCGCCAAGGUGCUAAGUGUGCGUAAUUAGUCGAAAUUCAAUUAAUCGAAAAGAAUUUCAAAUUGAGUUACGCGCUGAUGCGAUGGAGGUUGGCAAACCGAAAAGUGAAUUUGCGAAGAAGUGAUUCCCGCCGGAAAUUGUGGCUUGACAGAAGGCGAAACUCGAAAGUUGAAUAAACAAAGUUUCUCUGAAAUAUAAUUUGUAUAAUUUUGAACAAAAUGAUUGUCAACAAGGGGUUGACAUUUUCUGAAUCAGUGACUUAUUUAAUCAAAGUGAGUUUCUUAAAAUGGAAAAUAAACUAAAGAACUAAAAAUCUUUGAAUUGGGAAUGAAAAACUGACUCAAUCAAAAGGCGAUCAAUUAGAUUUGAAAGCGGAAGGCACAAAAUGCGGAAUAUAUUCAAGCCAACCUGGAGUCCUGGAGAUCUGGCUUCUGACUCGUCUCUAUGCCACCAUUAGGAAAUUGACAACAGCUUAAAACACUUUGAGGUGGUUUAAAGCCUCAAUAGCAAAAGUAGCAGAAGCAGCAGCCACAGCAGGAGUGGGAGCUGAAAAAAAGCAAGUCCUGUCAACUUCAAGGAUUCGCAUUGCCUCUGCUGCUGGCAGUUAAAACUCUCUCACUUGACAAGAAACGAGAGGCAACAAAAAAUAUCCAGCAACAAAAAAAAUAUAUAGAAAAGUGGGGGCAGGAAUACACGGAAUCUGGUGGCACAAUGAACGUGGAACUUGAAGAGGAAGAGCGCAUUUGCCUCAGGACCGAGGAGGAGGAACAGCUGCCCAACAUGGACGACGACAAGCUGGUCUCCGACGAGGUGCACAUGCGGCAGCUGAGUGCAACGCCCUCGUCUGCGUUUUCCCUGCAACAGCGCCGCCAGAGCAACAGUGUCACACACUCCGCUCCCCCCGAGCUGACGCAACGGCACGGCGGGGGCGGUGGCGAGGGUGACAUGAAAGGGGAGGCACCGGAGCCCGGCACUAAGACGGAUACGGAGAGCGAGGAUCGGGUGGUCCUGCGGCGGGCGGUGGAGAAGGGCGCCAUCGCCUUGGCCCAAAUCGACGACUUAAAACUGGAGGGCGACGACGAGGAGGAAGAGGCAAGGGGCGGUGGUCUGAGCAAUCCCGCAGCGCAGACCACUGAUGAUGAGCAGAUUACGGCCACAGCAACAACUGUCACAGCAGCAACAUCGCCAGUGGGAGCAGCAACAUCCGGAGUAGCAGCAGCAACAUCGGCAACAGCCUCGGAGUGUCCUUCCACAGCGAUAGUCACUCCGGACAUGUCGAAAAUACCACGACUUCCCGGCGACGGAGCCCAGAUGGAGGACACUGCCACCGGCGACCUGCCGCCCUCGCUGCGUGCCUCCACCACAUCAAUUCUGUCCAAUUGGCGAAAGAAACAGCAGGCCAUGGUGGCGGGGCGUGUGGGCGGCGGUGGGGGCGUCACCAAGCAGACGCCGCUGCGAGUGCAGUCCGUCCGGAUUGUGGAGGCGAAACGGGCCUACGGACCCAAGCGCCGGACGGAGAGCUGCAGCAUCUUUGGCAAUAGCAAUUUUGAUCAUGAACUGGAGUCGGGCAACUCCCUGGCCAGCAUCGCAGGACAGCCUCAAAGGCCGCUGAACAACGAGAUGUAUUCGGCCUUCAAGAGCGGCAACGUGGUCAAGGGCAUCCUCUGUCCCUCGCUGACCAACUCCUUCAAGCAGAGUUCCCUGGAAAGGAGCUACCUGACCUACACCCAUCGGCAGCGACAGAAGUCCCUGAUCAUCGUCAAUGUGGUGGACUUUGUUUUAAAGAUUGUUCUGGCCUUUGUUUGGAUAAUGCGAAGAAAAAGUGAAGGUCCUUUGGAUGAAGAUGCAACGAGCAUGGCCACCGCCAUCACUUGGUCGGUGUGCUGUGGAAUCGCCAACAUGGCCAUUUGCUUUCUCGGCUAUUGGCGCUGUUUCGCCAACAACUACUUGCACUGGGCCGCGGUCUGCACUUGGGUCCUUUUCAACAUCCAGGGAUUCGUUGGGCAGGGCGUGGGAUUCGCCGAUCGCGAGUACCUGGUCUGGUAUAUCCUUUUCGUCAUCUUUGUGCCGUACGCCAUGCUGCCACUCCCCCUAAAAUGGUGCGUGGUGGGCGGAACCAUCACGGCCAGCUGUCACCUGGCCGUAAUUACCAUCAUCAAGCUGCAACACGGCGAGACUACCGCCAUGAAUGCGGAUUGCGUUCUGUUCCAAAUCUUUGCCAAUUUCAUUCUCUAUACGGCCAUUAAUGUGGCCGGAAUGUACACCAAAUAUCUGACGGAUCGGGGCCAGAGACUGGCCUUCAUCGAGACCCACAAAGCCAUGGAGCACAAAAAGGAGUCGGAAAAGGAGCUGCAACGCACCCAGAAGUUAUUGGAUUCAAUUCUGCCCAACAUCGUGAACAAUCAAAUACGCAGCGAAAUGUACAAGGGCACGGAUCCCACGGUGGAGACCCAGUUCAACAAAUUGUACGUUUAUCCCAUGGAUAAUGUGAGCAUCCUGUUUGCCGACAUCAAGGGUUUCACCGAAUUGGCCAGCAAGACUUCGGCCCAGCAAUUGGUGAAAAUUUUAAACGACUUGUUCGCCCGUUUCGAUCGCAUAGCGGAGGACAAUCACUGUCUGCGCGUGAAGCUGCUGGGCGAUUGUUACUACUGUGUUUCCCAGUUCGAGAGCGACAACUGGAAGACGCGACCGGAUCACGCGGUGUGCAGCGUGGAAACUGGCCUGCACAUGAUAAAGGCCAUUAAGGAUGUGCGCCUGCACACGCACGUGGACCUCAAUAUGCGGAUCGGCAUCCAUAGCGGUUCGGUGAUGUGCGGCGUUCUGGGCAACAAGAAAUGGCAUUUCGACGUCUGGUCUAAUGAUGUUAUCAUUGCAAAUCACAUGGAAUCCGGCGGUAUACCCGGGCGCGUCCACAUCUCGGAGGCCACCCUGAAGUGCCUCAACGACGCCUACGAGGUGGAGCCGGGCAAUGGGGGCAGUCGGGACAAUCACCUCAAAAUGCUGAACGUCAAGACCUACCUCAUCAAGCGCACCGAGCCAUUGAGGCCCAAGCGUCGUUUUGGCACCCGCAGCAGCGCCCAUUUGGCAGGAAGUGUGGCCACCGCCCCCUCGGCCACGCCCUCUGUGCUGCCCAAGUCGAUCUCGGCCAGCGGCAGUGGCAGUAUCGGCGGCGUGACCACCACAGGGGGCGAUGGGGCGAGUAUCGAUGGACGGAGUCUGGAGUACGCGGCUACCAUCGCCGUACCUGCCCAGCAGCCUGCCCAGCUCCUCCAGCAGCAGCAGAAGAAGAACAUAUCCCUCAACUCCCUGCCCAAUGUGGUCGAGGGGGUGGCCAUGGAUAGCCGCAGAUUGAGAAAUGGCGGAGCUGGGGUUGGCGGAACCGGAUCUGCCGGAGGAGGUGGUGGAGCAGGUCCUGCUGGAUUAUCAACGGUGUCCUCGCCCACGGCUAUGAUGUCUGCUCCUCUGGAACAGCAACUUCGGCCCAGGAAUGGAGCCUCCAGCAUUCAAAACCUAGCGGAAGCCAUCGACGGAAAGGGUCUGAUUAUCGAGGAUGAGUCUACCACAGACUGGAUUCCGGAGAUUCCAUUCAAGAAUCUUAAUAGUCCCGAAGAAGGCCUCAACCGAGCAGACUCCAUACUAGUUGAUACCAAAGAAGACCAUCGACUCUCCGUGGCAGUUCUAGAUGAAGAGAUCGAUGAAUUCAUUGAACAGAACAUCCAAAUCAAUUCGAAUAAGGAAAUCCGACGCGAGUACUUAAAUCCCUGGACUCUGAAGUUCAAAGACAAGUGCCAGGAGCAGAAGUUCUGCCAGUUGCGGGAGGAUAUGUUCCGAUCCAAUAUGCUGUGUGUGUUUGUCAUUUGGAUAUUUAUGGUUCUGUGCCAGGUCAUCAUCAUUCCGCGUUGCACGCGUCUCAUUAUUUGCCUCUCGGUGGGCACUGUGGUUCUCACCUUUUGCUGUGUCCUUGUGAUGGCCGAAGAGUUUCCGGGACUUCCCCGCUGCCUGAAAACAAACUCCGCUAAGUUGGUUCAUCAGCGACAGCGGCGCACUCUCUUCAUUUGCGGCGUCAUCGUGUCCAUGUGCAUGCUGAGUGCCAUUGGCCUGGUCCUGUGUCCUUCCUCCACCUACAUAGGAACCGUGGACGAGCAGUCGCGAUUCCUGCGGCUCGCCUCCCUCUACAACAACACAUCCCUGGCGGAAAAGGAGUACAAGCUGAGUGUCUACCUCUCGGCCACCAUUCAUCACAACAUCACGAUUAGCACUCCGACUAGUGGAGGUGGUCCUGCCCCCUCCCUGGUGGACAUUACGAGUGCUCCCACUGACGAACUGGUCCGCAGCACUCUGGCCAAUGCCCUCAGCCUGAAUCUGACUCCUCCCCUGGAACACUUUGAGCGCUCGCACCGUCCCUACACCCUCACCAACAACGGGCACAGUGUAUCCUUGAGCAACCUCAGCUAUGCGGACGGAUCCGGGAUGCGGACUGAUGUGGCCUUGGAGGGAGAGUGCGCUCAUCCGGAGUACCUGGUCUUCACCUGGGUGCUGUGUCUCGUGUCCCUGGCCACGGCUCUGAAGCUCUACUACCUGGUGAAAGCAGUGAUGGCCCUCGGCAUGGUGGCUUUCUACACAGCUCUCAUCAUGUUGAAGUUCAGCUCCGGCGACAGCUUCAGCCUGGGGGAUCUCUCCCGGCUGGGCAUGCCCCUGGGCGUCCAGAUGCUGAUACUGCUUAUCUCAUUCCUGGUAAUGGUCUGCUACCAUGCUCGACUCGUGGAGGUAACCAGCCGCCUGGACUUCAUAUGGAAGGAACAGGCCGAGCGUGAACUGACCAACAUGAAAUCCAAUCGUGCGCUUAAUGACACAUUAAUUAAGAACAUCCUGCCGGACCACGUGGCCGCCUACUACCUUUCCGACGAGCACACGGACGAGCUCUACUCCAAGAUGCACAAGCUCUGCGGCGUGAUGUUCGCCUCGAUACCGAACUUCCAGGACUUUUACUCCGAGGACAUAGACAAUGGGAAGGCCUGCAUUCGCAUUCUGAACGAGAUAAUCUGCGACUUUGAUGAAUUGCUGGAGGAGCCGCGCUUCGCAUCGGUGGAGAAAAUCAAAACGGUGGGUGCCACCUACAUGGCGGCCGCCGGGUUGAACCACGAACAUCUCCGACUCCGCGGGGAGACAUCAGAGGACAGCGUCUGCGACCUCAUCGAGUUCGCCUUCGCCAUGAAACAGAAGCUGGAAGAGAUCAACGGCGACGCCUUCAACAAUUUCCAGCUCCGAGUGGGCAUCUGCAGUGGGCCGCUAGUAAGUGGAGUGAUUGGAGCCAGGAAGCCCGUCUACGACAUCUGGGGCAAUACAGUGAAUGUGGCCUCCCGCAUGGACUCUACGGGUGAGAACUGGCGAGUUCAGGUGCCGGAAAAUACGGCGGAACUUCUCUGCUCAAGGGGCUACACUUGUGUGAAACGUGGCGAAAUCAAUGUGAAGGGCAAGGGCAUGAUGACCACUUUUUACGUCCAUCCGAAGGGAAUCACGGAGAGCCAGUUGAUCUCGCCAGUCCGCCUGCCAGCUGGCAUUCCCCUCGCCCAGACCCCCAAUCUCCAGCGACAGACAUCCCAUCACGGAUCCUUCAGCGCCGUGGUCUUUGGAAUGCUCCAGGCCAGCAAACGCAGCACGGCCAUUGCCGGAACCCCUACGGGUACUCCUUCACCGCAAAUCCGACGUGGGCAUCGGGGAAGCACUUUCAGUUCGGUUAGACUUUCCCAGAAGUCCACGACUGUGAAUCCAGUGCGCCGGAACACAACCCGCGUACGGGGCCGUUCCUAUCGCCAGAAGAAGAGUUCCUCCAACAAUUCGAUUGUCACCCAGGCCAGUUCCAGCUAUAUGCCGUCGUUCCGACGUAUCGAUCAGAUCGAGACGACCAUAUCGAAGAGUCACAACGAUGCGUUAUAGCCAACGACGACGCGUACUAACUGGGUCUAAGUCGAUCUCAUGUCGGGAAAUUGUCUGAUGAAUUUAUUUUUGGAACGAUUUUAUGCUGAACGAAAUGAUUUAACAAAACAAAAACAUAAGCUAAACAAAAGUCAGUGCAGUUAUGCCUGAAGUUUCCUUAAUGGCAUUAGCUUUAGAUUAUUUAGUGGAAAACGGCACUGAAGCUACUUAGUAGAAUUUUAAAAACACAGUCCUUGAGCUGAUAGAUCAAAUAUAUAUAUACAGAUGUAUAAGUAUAUAAUUCUUGCAUUAUCUCAGCACAAUUCUAGUCGUUAUCGUUAAGAAAUGCUGUUUGUGUGUGUCAUAAAAUUAAAGUUUAAAUUAAGAAAUUAAGAUCUUCCCACAGUCCCAACCGAACGAAAUGCCAAUGGACCUACUAACUUUGAUCAAUUCUACCAAAAACAAUUUAAUGCAGUAAUUUCUAGUGUUAGUAGUCAAAUCAAAUACAAAAUCAAACAUUCGUUGUACAAAUCGUUUAGCUUAUAUUUUAUUCUAACUUAAAGCGUUUAUGUAAAAAGUUUAAGAACAUCUGAUUGUAAUAUAUUUUAUCUUAUAUAAAAUGCGAAACGCAUGUUAUUUAACGUGUACAAUUUUAUCCGCCUCAAGGGGCUAUAGCCAACAAAUGUUUAUGCCCACUACAAUAUAUUGUAAUUAAAGAAAAGUUAAAAAUAAAUGUGAUAAUUGAAAAAGAUUAAA